GGUAAACAACAAAUUGCAAAUCAUAUAUAUAAUUGUGCUCUCCUUGAGUCUCUAUCACCAAAAAUUAUGAGAGGCUACCACUUGAAUUUCAGUCCCUCUCAUUUCCUCCUCCUCGUCUUCCUCGUCCUCUGCCUUUCUGUUCAAACACGCGGUGAGGAUUCUUGUGUAAAUGCAUUUUGUGGACAAGGAAGAUGUGUUCCCUCGGGUGCGGAGUAUAGUUGCACGUGCAACAAUGGAUGGAAGAAUGAUAUUCUUGGUAUAGACCUACGUGCUUGUGUUAUACCAAAUUGCACUAUAAACUUGGGGUGUGGGAACAGUGCUCCGCCACCACCUCCUCCGCCGCCGCCGCCACCAGGACUUUCACUUCCACCGUUCCUUGAUCCCCUCAGCCCCUGCUUUUUGGUAUAUUGUGGUGAGGGUACGUGCCUUGCAAAUGGGACGAAGCAUACUUGUGAAUGCGACGCAGGAACUGCCAAUUUACUCGGCUUCCCUGACUAUCCAUGCUUCAACAAAUGUAGCAUGGACUUAGACUGUCGUGGAAUUUUGCUUUCCGCAACAGCGCCGCCACCACCAAAUGGAUCGGAUAAAAUCUCGAAGAGGUGGAGCAAUGUCGUGGUAUCAUUAUCUACAAUCAUUUUGGCGUGGAUCAUCUAUGAAUGAAAAGAUUAUGUUUAUUGUGAUACUGUCUCAUAAAUUAAGAUUUGUAGAAUGGAAUGGUUCAAAUAAUACUU